CUGUCAACAUUGCUUGAGAGGUUAUAAACUUAUUCGUAAUCAAUAAUUAAAAAAAAACUGUAGAAAUUUUUUUUUAUUUAGACCAACUGGCUGCAUUCAAGUAUGCAAAUAUAGUAAACAGGCAUCUGAAUAACGAGAUCUAUUGAGAGAAAUACAUGUCAGCAAUGAAUAAGCCAGAACUUGAAGGAACAGCUCAUCUAUUAGAUGAGUUAGAUAAAAAAUUAAUGGUGUUGUUGAGAGAUGGUAGAACAUUGAUAGGCUAUUUGCGCAGCGUGGACCAAUUUGCAAAUCUGGUCUUGCACAAAGCGAUUGAAAGGAUUCACGUUGGAAAAGAAUACGGAGACAUUCCAAGAGGAGUCUUCAUUGUUAGGGGAGAAAAUGUAGUAUUACUUGGUGAAAUUGAUAGGGAAAAAGAAGCUAAUUUGCCUCUUACUGCUGUGUCAGUUGAUGAAAUACUCGAUGCACAAAGGAAAGAGCAGGAGCUAAAACAGGAGCAACAGAGGUUGGUUAGUAAGGCCUUAAAAGAGAGAGGAUUACAACUUAUGGGUGAUAUGAUGACACACGAUGAUAUGUUUUGAGCUAACCAGAAUGCUGCAAACUAUAUAUUGUGCAUGGAGUAUUUUUAAAAACUAUUUUGGAACUUUUGGGAAAAAAUGAGAUGUAACAUCUCCUUAAUAUAGGCUGUAUUUUGAUAUGUUCCUUAAACACUUCAUCUUGUUAAUUCAUCAUAUUUCUGUCCGUUUCUUUUGUAAUUCUGUUUUUAUCUCAAUGUGUUCAUGUUAAUCAAAUACAAUUUUACAAUACUG